GUUUGUCUGCCCGACGGAGUUUACUGCUUUACUUGCCGUGUUGAAUUGUCAAGUUAGAAAAGCAGCGGUGAUGUGACAUUUUAACAACUGUUUCGAAUCGACGAGGGUGCCCGGAAACACGCUGAACAAGAGCAUCGCCCGCGUGGUCUCGGGGCAGAUGCGUCGCCGUCCGCCCUGCCCUUAGCCACCCAAUCCGAUGCUGAGGAUGGAGGGCGCCCCGGAGCGCCCGCCGCCCAAGCUGGCCGCGGGACAGGUGUUUCGUCCCAUGCUCGACAUGCGCCGGCUCUUCUCCAGCAACGUCCUCGUCGAGGGCAACGUCCUCCGCCGGGAGUCGGAGAGCCGUCCCGGCCUGUACAUCGGGGCAGAACCUGCGAGCACGGAGUGCGGCUACUUCGAGAUGGAGCUGCUGGACCUGGGCUCCGGGCUCGGGGACCUGCUCAUGGGCUUCCUCUCCCCGGCCGACACGGAGGGCUCUUCCGACCGGCCCGACUGGGAGUCGGCCCUUUCGCUCGGCUGCCGCAUCAGCCGGGGACGCCUUUGGCAGGGAAAGAGCGGCGUCCCGGGUGUGGUGUGCAGCACGGGCGACAGGGUGGGCUGCGGCGUGCACCUGGGACAGGGGGACGGCCACUGCAACUGGCGCACCCUGGUCACCCUCUUCGUCACCCACAACGGCACCGAGGUGGCCCGGUCGACGUCCCUCCUGUCGGGGGGCCUCCAGCCGGCCGUGCUGCUGCAGGGGGCCCAGCGGGUACGUCUGCUGGGCCAGGACCCCUCCUCCUGCGGCCUGGGCUCCGGCCUGGAGGACGCCCUCAUGUGCGUCGACUCCCACGAGGAGGACUGGCUCAGGCUGCACGACGUCCGGCUCAACGGACCCGUGCUGGAGUACUCUGGCCGGGGGGCCAGCAUGGUGGACGUGGGACUGGCCCAAACUCGGUGCCCCCUCAACACCACCAGCCACUACUACGAGCUGGAGAUCCUGGACCCUGGGGAGAAGUGCUGCAUUGCCAUCGGACUAGCCCACAAGGACUACCCAAGGCACAGGCAUCCGGGGUGGAACGAGGGGUCCAUCGCCUACCACGCGGAUGAUGGCAAGAUCUUCGUGGGGAGCGGCGAAGGAUCCUGUUUUGGUCCCAGGUGCAAAAAAGGGGACGUGAUGGGCUGCGGCAUCCUGUUUCCCCGGGAGUAUGUGGCCGAGGAGGAGGAGUGUGGGGCAGAGGAGCGCCUCCUGGACAACAGCCCCUGGUCCCUGGGGGGACCCGACGAGGACAGCGACAACGACGAGGGCUGCCACUGCUGGAGGGAGGCCGAUGACCCCUUUGGGCAGGAGCCCCCCGACGCCAUCCUGGUUCAGGUGUUCUUCACGCACAACGGCGUCAACGUGGGUCGGCGGGAAGUGGCGCUUCCCCGCGGCGGUCUCUACCCGACGGUGGGGAUGCUCAGCCGGAAGGAGAAAGUGAAGGUGGACCUGCACCCUCUCACGGGCUGAGCGCCGCCCGCCUCCGCCGACUCUCCGGCGCCACCGUCUCCGCUCCGAACUGUUGGGGGUGGGACCGAUCACUCCAGCGAGAGCCUUUUGGUUUUGUGGGACUUUUCGAAGACACCCUUCCUAUAAACAUAAACUGAACUCCCA